AAGACCAAACCCUACUUCGCCUCUACUCUCAUCUCGUCGAUCUCGACCUCUCUACGGGGGUUUAUCAAACAGGGUUUAUCCUCCCUCUCAAACAUCAUAAUCCCUCUUAACACACCCCCUCCCAAACAGAGGAGAGAUAAAGUCAUCAGAAAAAUGCUUCCCACCAACGGCAUGUCGAUUCUCGCAGCGGAGUUGGCAGCAGAGGGCUUCUCCGCCGCCGGGCUCUCAGCCGACAAAUUGACCCUCCAAACCCUACAAUCAAAAAUGAAAUGCGAUCCAGAAAGCUAUGAGUCCGAAUUGCAGUAUCUUUACAAUCAAUUCAAAUCCUUACUCAAGCUUUUCGAGGAUCAAGCGGCUCUCAGCUUCAAUUCAGUUAGCGGUAUUGCCCCUGACACUUCCAUCGCCAAAGACCUCGGUGAUAAGGCCAUGUUCUUGGCUCACAUGACUCCGUUUUACCCUAAAUAUCUGUCUCUUUACCCUAAGGAGCUCGCCGGUCUUCUCCGAACUUCCGGGAAGUCGUUGCCGUCUUCUCUUCGCAGCCAACUUACUCAGGCGCUCAUCCUUUUGGUCAAUCGUAAGAUUGUUUCUAUUGGUGAGACAAUGGAGUUGUUCAUGGAGCUUCAGACUUUUGAUGAUAGGAAUUUGAGGAAAUUGGCAUACUCACAUGUCAUUCGUUAUAUUCAGCGUAUGAAUAAACAGCACAAGGAUGAGUCUAAGAAUAAGCCUCUUCAAAAUGUCCUUUUCAAAAUGCUAAAGCGUGAGGAAGAGUCAUUUGCAAAGAGGUCCCUUGUCACACUUUGUGAUCUUCACCGCAGAAAAGUUUGGUGUGAUGAAAGAACAAUAAAUGCAAUUUGCAUGGCGUGCUUCCAUCCUUCGUCACGGAUCAUGAUCGCUGCUCUUUCCUUCCUUCUUGAUUAUGAAAAAAUUCAAGACGAUGACGACAGUGAUGCAUCAAGCAGUGAAGACGAGGGAUGUACUCCACACCAACAAGUUGUUCAUGAUAGAGAAGAUGUGUAUAAGGCUCACCAUAAGGGCACAACAGCGAGCAAAAAGAAAAAGAAGGCUAAGUUGCAACGUGUGAUGCGUAGCAUGAAAAAGCAGCAGCGUUUGAGUUCAGAGAAAACUAGUCCAAACUACUAUUCACCACUUCUACAAUUGAAUGAUGCACAGGGAUUUGCAGAGAAGCUAUUUUCUCGCCUUCAAAGCUGCAAUGAGCGCUUCGAGAUAAAGAUGAUGAUGUUGAAAGUGAUUGCUCGAACAAUUGGUCUUCACCGACUGAUUUUGCUGAACUUUUAUCCUUUCCUUCAAAAAUAUGUGCAGCCUCAUCAACGUGAUAUAACGAAUCUACUUGCUGCUGCGGCUCAAGCCUGCCAUGAUAUGGUGCCACCUGAUGCUGUCGAACCUUUAUUUAAACAGAUAGUAAAUCAGUUUGUGCAUGAUCGUUCGCGAACAGAGGCAAUAUCUGUUGGACUGAAUGUUGUCAGAGAGAUAUGUCUCCGCAUGCCUCUGUUGAUGAAUGAAGAUUUGCUGCAAGACCUUGUGUUGUAUAAGAAAUCAAAUGAAAAAGCAAUUUCAAGUGCUGCUCGCUCCCUUGUCACUUUAUUUAAAGAGAUUUGCCCUUCACUACUUGUCAAAAAAGACCGUGGAAGAUCUGCUGAUCUGAAGGCCAGACCGAAGGAAUAUGGAGAGGUGAAUGUCGAAAUUGGUGUCCCUGGUGCAGAACUAUUGCAAUCAGACGAAGAUAGAGACUUGGAGGAAAAUACUCUCAGUGGUUCUGAAGAAGUUGAGAAAGAUGGUGCUGAUUCAACGGUCUACUCUGGCAGUGAGGAUGAUGUAAAAGAUGAAGAUGGCGCUGAGUCCGAGGACGAGGAUGAAGACAUGAUUGGUAGUGAAGAUGAAGUUAGUGAUGAGGAUGACUUGGAAGAUGAGGAAGGAUCAUAUAGCUCUGGUGAAUCUGAUGAUAGUGAUGAUAAAAAAGGAACAAGGAAGAGGAAAUACGCUGAUUUUGACCAACAACUGGAUUCUGCUAAGUCUAGUCUUAGAGCUUUGAAAAAGUUGACAGCAGCUAAGAUGGAACACCCACCAGAAGCAGAUGAUCACAUUUAUUCUAACGAAGAUUUCAAGCGAAUCAGGGAAUUACAGGCAAAGAAGAAAGCCAGAUCUGCUCUGGCACAGCACGGCUUUUUAAAGGGCUCAAAUUCCAAGUCAGCAACUAUUAAGAUCCCAAGUUCAGACCAAUUAAGUCUCAAGCCGCUUGAUCCUUCAAAACUUGAAGCAAAUAUCCGAAGAAAGAUGGACAAGGCGGAAAGAGUGGCAUCAAUGAAGGCCGGAAGAGAGAAUGGGGCGGAAUACGCGUCCCGAACUUCUGUGAAACAGAAGAAGAAGGGUGGUCUAAGCAACCGACAGAAGGAGCAUAAAAAGUUUAUGCCAAUUGCUGCAAAGAGAGGCAAGAUAGCAAGAACGAGAGAGGAGAAGAAGAGAAAGAAGAAUGUCGCUAGUAAACAGUUCAGAGGGAAGAAGGCAUGGAAGUGAUUUUUGUUCACAGAUUUUUUGCAGUGAAGCGUUUUAUGUUGAAAGAAUGUCUUCUUUUUCUAUCCUUUUCAACUUAUUCUUUUUCAUCCCCUUUCCCUCCCCAAACUCUCGAAAUGUCACUCAAACUGGCUUAAAUUCCCUUCGUUCCCCCCCCCCCCCCCCCCAAAGUUCUAUUUUUCUGAUGUCAAACAAUCAAACGCUUUUUCCAUUAUUAUAGUAGAAUAUUUUUAUUUUCUGUCA